AUGGACGAGCUCACCAAGAGAAACUCGUCGCAUGUCGAGGGCGAGAGCGGCAUCACGUACCAGCGCAUGCCCGACUCCCUCGCCGGCCUCACGCCGGACGAGCUCAAGGCCGCCAACCAUAAGCUCGUGCGCAAGAUCGACCGCAUCAUCCUGCCCAUCAUCGGCAUCCUCUACAUCCUCAACUACAUCGACCGGCAGAACCUGGCGGCGGCGAAGCUGCACGGCAUCACCGAGGACCUGCACAUGACGACGGAGCAGUUCGCCACGUCCAUCUCCAUCCUCUUCGUCGGCUACCUGCCCUUCCAGAUCCCCAGCAACCUCAUCAUCACCAAGAUCGCCCGCCCGGGCCUGUACAUCUGCGUCGCCGUCGUCAUCUGGGGCAGCAUCUCGGCGGCCACGGCGGCCGUCCGCACCUACGGCCAGCUGCUCGCCGUGCGCGCCAUCCUCGGCGUGUCCGAGGCUGUCUUCUUCCCCGGCGCCAUCUACUACCUGUCGGCGUGGUACACCAAGACGGAGCUGGGCAAGCGCAUUGCCAGCCUGUACAUUGCGCAGCAGGUCGGCAACGCCUUUGGCGGGCUGUUCGCAGCCGCCAUCUUCCAGCUCGACGGCACGCACGGCAUCGCGGGAUGGCAGUGGCUCUUCAUCAUCGAGGGGUCCGCCACCGUCGGCAUCGGCGUCGUCUGCGCCUUCUUCAUGCCCGAGUUCCCCUACAACAGCCGCAUCCUCUCGCCCCUGGAGCGCGACCUGGCCGUCUGGCGCGUCGAGGCCGACGCCGGCGCCGCCGAGGGCACCGAGACGGAGGGCGCGCUGCGCGGCUUCGCCAAGGCCCUGACGGACCCCAAGCUGCUGCUGCUCAUCUUCUGCAACCUGCUGUCGCAGGCGCAGGGUUCCAUCGCAAACUACUUCCCCACGCUCGUCGCGUCGCUCAACUUUGGCAGCACCAUCAGCCUGCUGCUGACGGCGCCGCCGUACAUCCUCGCCGCGGGCGUCUACUACGCGCUCAUGUGGUGGUCGGACCGGCGCAACACGGCGUACCCGCUCAUCGUGGGCUGCAUCGCCGUCGCCGUCGCCAUGUACGUGAUCCCCAUGGCGACGCUCAGCGUCGGCGCGCGCUACUUCUCCAUGAUGGUGCUGCCCUUUGCAUCGGUCGGCCCCCAGCUGCUGCUCUAUAAGACCAUCAACCUGCACCUCGCGCGGCCCGUGUCCAAGCGCGCCGCCGCGUCCGCCUUGGUCAACGCCAUCGGCGGCACGUCCAACAUCUGGGCCUCGUACCUGUACUAUGCGCCGCCUCACUUUUACGCCGCGUUUGGCACGCUCAUGGGCUGCGCGCUGCUGUUUGCCGCCACUAUAACCUUUUAUCGCUGGCUCGUCCUGCGGGAGAAUAGGCGGCUGGACUCGGGUGACCCGGAGGAGGUUGCCAAGGUGGUUAGGGGAGGUGUUACGGAUGAGAUGGUGCAGCUGAACUGGCGCUACGAGAUGUACUGA